CAAUCGGCUUGCACUGCACUGCCAUUGCAUUCCUGUGCUGUAGAUCUAUGCACACACAAACCAUUGCACAGCGCAGCGCACUGCAUCAUAUCGCGUGAAAAUGGAGUAACCGGAUCCAGAGGAGGUACGGAAUCUGAAAGAUCACAUACAACAACAGAUAUGUCUGAGGUUAAUCAAGAAACGGAAACUGGGAACACUGGCCAAGAAGAAGCCUCAGCAGUUCCAGUGAGCAUCAUCAGCAAGGGACCUGUGUAUCCUGCUCCUCCUGAACAUGGAGCAUCAGGAGGGGAUGAUGGGUCUCAGAAGAAGGACUUUGAGAGCAUCUCGUUGGAAGAGGUGAAGAAACCCAGGAGAAUUAUCCAUUUCAGUGAUGGGAUCCUCGAGGAGUACAGCACGGAUGAAGAGGAUGGAGAAGACAAGGCAGUGAUAGAGGAACCUCCUGUGGAUCCAAAAACUUUAGACUGGAUGCCUUACAUAUGGUUCUACAUGGUGAAAACAGGAGUAACGACUUACAAAGUUUGUGAUUACUUGGGGGAGAGACUGGCAUACUUCUUUGGAAUCACAUCACCAAAGUAUUCAUAUGCCCUCAGUGAAUACAACAGACUAGAAAAAGAGGAGAGGGAAGAGUUGGAUCGCCAGAUGGCUGAAAGAGAAGAACAGAAGGACUUGAUAGCAAGACAAGAAGCUGAGAGGGUGUUCCAAGCAUCGUUGGCAAGUCAGCCUGAGCCAGGGUUACCCACAAGUACCCACUGAGAUAUAUAGGUCUGUGCUGCUUGCUUAUGUGGCGGUAUCUCCUGGAAUUGUUGUCUCGAUGCAAAACUUUGCUUCCAGAAAAUUGCAAAGAUUUCUACAUUCAAGAAUA